ACUCCACCUCCCAGCAGCUCCCCCGUGCUCCUGGCCUCCUCUCCUUCCCUGCCCUCCUGUAGGUCCCCUCCGUCCUCCCCUCCGCGUGUCUCCUCAGGGUCCCGAGGCUCUGCUAUCCGCUGCUUCCGUCGUCACAGUGGUUACGCCAUCUCUGCGCCGGAAGGAGAACCCGCCAACCGUUUUGGAAUUAUGGCGGCGGUGGAUAUCCGAGAUAAUCUACUCGGAAUCUCUUGGGUUGACAGUACAUGGAUCCCCAUUUUGAACAGUGGAAGUGUCCUAGAUUACUUUUCAGAAAGAAGUAAUCCUUUUUAUGACAGAACGUGUAAUAAUGAAGUGGUCAAAAUGCAGAGACUAACAUUAGAACACUUAAAUCAGAUGGUCGGAGUGGAAUACAUCCUUUUACAUGCUCAAGAGCCCAUUCUUUUUAUCAUUCGGAAGCAACAGCGGCAGUCCCCUACCCAAGUUAUCCCACUGGCUGAUUACUAUAUCAUUGCUGGAGUGAUCUACCAGGCACCAGACUUGGGAUCAGUUAUAAACUCUAGAGUGCUCACUGCGGUGCAUGGCAUUCAGUCCGCUUUUGAUGAAGCGAUGUCAUACUGUCGAUAUCAUCCUUCCAAAGGGUAUUGGUGGCACUUCAAAGAUCAUGAAGAGCAAGAAAAAGUUAAACCUAAAACCAAAAGGAAAGAAGAACCAAGCUCUAUUUUCCAGAGGCAACGUGUGGAUGCUUUACUCCUAGACCUCAGACAAAAAUUUCCACCCAAAUUUGUGCAGCAAAAGUCUGGAGAAAAGCCUGUCCCAGUAGUGGAUCAGACAAAGAAAGAGGCAGAACCUAUACCAGAAACUGUGAAGUCUGAUGAGAAGGAGACCACAAAGAACAUCCAACAGACAGUGAGCACUAAAGGUCCCCCUGAAAAACGAAUGAGACUUCAGUGAGUAUUGGACAAGAGAAGCUUGUAAGACUUCUUUUCCAUCAUUAUACCUCAUUACUGUGACAGGCUCCUGAACUUUAAAAUUCUUUGUCACAACUCUCAUUUGUAUAAAAUGUGCUUGCUCUUUAUGCUCUUUAAGAAAGGAUAUAAGGACCCUCAUGCUUUUGUGAUGGAUAUUUGUAUGUAUUUUUUUGUAACCUUUCCCCUACAGGACUUGAGCAGCCUCCUCACUCACAUGUGUACUGCUUAUAUGUGUUUGAAACCAAAUUAAGUAUUUGUCUAAAUU